AUGGCCGAGGCGGGAGGCAGGGCGCGCGGGCCGGCCGCGGCCAUGGCCGAGGCGGGAGGCAGGGCGCGCGGGCCGGCCGCGGCCAUGGCCGACCUGGCGCAGCUGCCCGCGCUGGGCCGCCGCCGCCUGCGCGACUUCCUGCGGCAGGUGGACGACGCGGACCUCGUGUGGCUGCGCGAGAUCCGCGAGGAGGCCGCCAGGAUGUUCAGCAGCCACUACAGCGACGAGCCCGAGCUCAUGCCCAAGACGCCGUCGCAGCGGAACCGGCAGCGCAGGAAGCGCCUGUCCGCCCUGCAGGGCGAGAGCCAGGAGCCGGCCAGGAAGAGAAUAUCUCGCCGUCGCAAAAGCAGUCUCAAGCCAGUGUCCUUUGAGCGACGCUCUCAAAGAGUCCAAAAUAAAGAAAACCUGGAGCUCGUCGGGUCUGCAGCUGAAGAUGUCUCCUCAUCUCAACGUCUGACAAGGUCCCAGUUCGCAGCACUUGCCAAGCGCUCCGAGGUCCCUCUGGAGAAGUCCUCUGUCCAGCCAGCUGAAGGAAAGGUUCUCUUAGUAGAAAUUGGGGUCAACGAGCGCCUCAGCGCUGAGUUACACCUGCAGAAGAGCGCCUCUAAGCUAGAGGAGAAGGUCUCCACCACCAUCAUCCUGAGCCCCGGAGAUGUUUCUGCACAGGAAAGCAGUGCUGCAGAACCGCAGCCUGAGCUUGGAGCUUCUAUUCUGGUGGCUCCUCACACCCCUAAGGCAAAAAACAUAGGAGAAAGCCAYGGUGCUUUUAAGUCAAACACAACAAAUGCCGCUAACACCACGGUCAUUAUAAACGAAGAGCCUAAGGCRCAGGAGGUAGAUGUUCCUGCUCAGGCACCAGAGCAUCAGGAGGGCUCUGGAAAAGAGCCUUCCCAGCCCAUGAGGGAGAGCCCGGGGACUCCGACGCGCUCCAGGCUCAGCCGUCGCUCCGUGCGCAGAAGCCUCAUGGGGAGACCCUCCACGAUCCGCAGGACCUCCUUGGCGGAGAAAUACUCGCGAGCCAGCAAAAGGCAGAGCACCCUCCGCAAAUCCCUCAGCAGGGCGGCCGCCAAGAGGAGGAGCGCUCGCAAGUCCUCCGUGUCCUCCAACCCCGUGAACUGUCUCAGCAAUGGAGAGGUGCCAGGGGAGGAAGAAACAGCUGUCAAAACUGGGCCUCAUUCUGGACUCUGCACCCCCUCCAAGCUGAAUGUCCAAAGUCCACGAAUGUCACUUCGCACGCGGACCCUCAACAGAGAUGAGCGGUCACAGGAGACGAGCAACAAAGAAAGCAACUUAAAUAAGAAUGAGGAAACCCAGGACCCGCCCCAGAGUGCCAGGAGAAAGCCAAGCUACAAAAGAGCUGUGGACCAUCGCUACGACCACCAGCAAGCAGAAGAUGGAGGCCUUUCUCCUCCAAGAAGAAAGAUCCCAUCCCCUCUCUGUCCGGCCAGCAAGGUUGUACGUCCUUUCAAAACGUUUUUGCACACUGUGCAGAAGAAUCAGCUCCUCAUGACCCCCAGUUCUGUGGGGAGAAGUGGUGUAAUUAAAUCUUUCAUCAGGCACAACACUCCUCUUCAAACUGAUCCUAAGGAAAAGGAGAGGCAGAAACUAGAGACUCUGAGGAAAAAGCAAGAGGCCGAGGAGCUGAGGAAGCAGAAGUUGGAGGAAGAAAAGAAAAGGCGACUGGAAGAGGCAAAGCUGAAGCGUGAGGAGCGUCUCCGCAAAGUGCUGCAAGCUCGGGAGCGCGCGGAGCAGAURGAGGAAGAGCGGAAGAGGCGCAUCGAGCAGAAGCUGGCGCUCUUCGAUGAGAAGACUGAGAAGGUGCGGGAAGAAAGGCUGGCAGAGGAAAAGAUCAAAAAGAAAGCRGCUGCCAAGAAGAUGGAGGAGGCCGAGGCGCGGCGCAGGCAAGACGAAGAGGCCAGGAAACAGAAAGCACUGCAGCAGGAGGAGGAGGAACGUCGGCACAGAGAGCUACUGCAGAAGAAAAAGGAGGAGGAGCAGGAGCGUGUGAGGAAGAUCGCUGAGCAGAGACUGGCAGAACAGGAGAGAGAGAAACAGCUGGCGGCAGAGAGAGAGCUGGAGCGCAAGAAGGAACAGGAGCGGAUCCAGGCAGAGAAGCAGCGUGAAGAGCAGGAGAAGGCUGCUCGGCUGCAGAAGGAGCUGCUGGCUGCCAAAGAACAGCUCCACAAGGAGGUGGAGAAGAAGGAACAGGAGGAGCAGAGGCUAGCAGAGACCACGAAGCAGGAGCCAGAGGAGAAGACAGUGCCAGAGGAACAAAAGGCUAAGGAUGGUGCCCAAACACAGCACCUAGAGAAGAAAGAGACUUCUCCUGUGUGCAAUUCCUACCAGAUGACCCCACAGGGCCUGAAAGGUCCUAAGCCCCCCACGAUAAACCCAAAUAACUACGGCAUGGAUCUGAAUAGCGAUGACUCCACGGAUGACGAGAGCCAUCCGCGAAAGCCCAUUCCUGCCUGGGCUAGUGGCAACCAGCUUAGCCAAGCUGUGAUCCGCCAGUACUACAACCCGCCCAACGUGGACGCGCUCUUCGGGGCCAUCGUGAGCCCCAAGCUGGAGGACAUCUUCUACAAGAGCAAACCCCGCUACUUCAAGCGCACCAGCUCUGCCGUCUGGAACUCCCCGCCGUUUGCAGGGGCCAAGUCAGUUCUAGGGCUGCCCUACAGCCUGAAAAAGUACUGAGAGGGGGCAGUGGCUGUCUCCUGUGGAACAGCAAGUAUGCAUUUACGUUCCUCUAGGCAAGGAAGAAAGUUAUCAUUCAGUGUCUGUAAAUCUUUAGGUAUUAGUCUUGAAUAAAUGCCAGUUUUUAGCGGCCCUUUUGCAUUUUCUAUUUUGGGCGGUUAUUUUUCUUUUAUCCCUGCUCAGCCAACCCAAACCUUUGGGAGAUCUUGGUGGUGAAAGAUGCAUCUCCCUUUAAUCUUAGCCCACAGUUAGGAAACGUUUCGACCUGUAGGUCAUCAGAGCUCGUCACCUAAGAGCACCACAAUCCUCCAGCCGAGCAGGCCCGGUAGCUGCUGCCGAAGAAGGUGAUUUGUCCAAACUGUUCCUGCCCGUCUCCAGGCUCCAACCAAAGUACUGGCACUUGCGGCAAGGAUCGCCGCGCGUAUCCUGCAUGGAACCCAGAUAGGUGCCUCUGGACUGCGCCAAGAACAAGAUGCUGGCAGGUAUGGCCUUCAUCUGCAGGCUGCAAAAACAAUUUGAUUGUUUUUUCGCUUGUAGACUUUACACCAACAUCAAGGGAUUGUGCGGAUGGACAAUACUGAUUUUACCACAGCUCUGGGAAGUUACUGCGAGGAUUUCCCUUUAUUGGCUUUCAAUUCUUGCAGAAAGGCCCUCCAUCUAACUGUCUCCAGAAAAAUCUAAGCUAGCACAAACAGCCAUUGUUGUUUUAGGCUUUUUAAAUGAAAUUAUACAGAAGUUCUGAUACUCUUUUUUUAAUUUAAAUUUUGUUCGUAGCAGAUUGGAUUGAAAUGACGAGUUUGGCCUUAAUCUCUGGCUUGCUCUUUAUUCCCCUGUGCCAAUUUCAUUUACUCAGCGUCAAAGGUGGCUUUAUUUUUAGGCCUCUGUUUUGCACUUCAUGUACUCCAUAAGACAAUGUCAGAUGGAGUAUUAUCAGACCCUAUCUCUUAAUGGCAAAAACUCAGCUCAGAUUUUAAGCUCCGAGAUCCCUUGUUAUUUUGGUCAGUUCUUCCACACCUAAUUCACAAAUGGCACUGAGCUGGUGCAUUCUCUGCAGUGAGCUCCUUUCUGUAAAGAGACUAGAGGCAUCUCUAGGGCACUAGGUACUCAAAGAUUUUUAAAGGAAACAGUUGUAUUUCUCUAGGUUGUUGUGGAAAUUUGUCUUGUGCAAAAGCAAACUAUCUACUUACCUCAGAUUCAUCUUUUACUUGAGGCUUGAUUUGUUUUAGAGAUGGACAAAUAUGUUCACGGUUGCAAUUCCAGUGGACAAAAGACUGAAGACAACCUUUUAAUGUACAUAUCACCAGCGUGCUUUUUUUAAAAAAAACUGCAUUGUAAACUGUACAGAAUGUGAGGAAAUGGCACCUUUCCUUGUGUGUGCAGCAACUGGACUCUUUUCAAGAAAAUAUCUUUAAAAUUAUGUGGGUCUUUAUUCGUCCAAAUACAGCAACUGCUUGAUGCUAUGCUCUUGAUCAGUAUGUAUCUGUGACAUGACUGUUUUUGAUAGAUGCUCUGUAGUUUGAAUUUUGUACUGCAAUCUUAAAGUACUUGGAGYCUUUUUGUAAGAAAGCUUACUAGAAUGGUAGAAAGACCUGGAAUGUUGAAUGCCUUUGAAUGUUUGACA